CUCUUCUGGUCCUACUUUUGUUGAGGUUGUUGAAUUUUACAAAUUUACCUGGCCCUAAGGCCAGGUCCCCUUUGGUCUCUCACAGAACCCUUUACUUUGAAAGUGAGGUAUGGUUCUAUUGAAGAAAAGAUCGGUUGAGGUUCAUCGAUGGAAAUGAAGACUCCAGGAGACCACAGGUAGGGGUGAACAAACACACCCGCGAACCGACCCACCCGCCUAACCUGACCCAACCCAUCCGUUUAUCACUAAAACCAAGUUUAUGGUUGGAUGAGAGUUUCUUUUGUACAAUCUGCCUCUUUUGGGUUGGGUUUGGAUUUUUUAUUAAACAAACCGUAGAACUUGACUCAACCCGUGUUCCAACUAUUGGUAUGAGUACUCAUACCUAAAAAUAUCUAUGUCGUAUAUUGCAAUAUUUAUGAAAAAAUUAAGAUAUUUUGCCAUAUUUUUCUCUCGUCCCUAAUCUAAUUCAAUCUGCGACUUAAUAUUUAGACUUGGAAUUAAUAGAGCUAUGAUUUAGUGGGUUUGCUUGUGGUUGAUGUACGAAACCUCCCCGCCCUGUUAACGACGUUUGACUGAAAACUAAUGUACAGAGUGCCAGCAUAAAUAGAAUCCCCUCAACCGGGCGCUAAUUCCUCUGCAAGCGGCAAAGUAGCUUCCCACUCCCAGCAAAAGAGUAGACACAAAAAAAAAUGGCAGUUGUUGUGGGAGCUCAUGUUGAGCAGCAGCACUCAACCCUUAUUCCUUUCUCCCAAAUCCGCGCCAAACCAGUCCACUUCAUUGUCACCAAAAAUAGUCCUGUUCACUGCCUGAACGACCGCGGUGCCGCUCAUGCUCGCAUGUACUGUUCAUCUCCGUUCACGAUCCGCAGCGAUGUGGCUAUUCAGCAGCGGCGGUCGGGAAACUAUGGGACGGGGCAGUGGGGCAUCGAUACCCCUCAUCACCUGCUACAGACCAAAUACGACAACGCAGCAGCUGUCAACCGUACCUCUGCUGCAUAUACGGGGUAUAGUACUAGACCGAGAAUCGAAGAGCUGAAAAUGUACGUGAAGGGUCUGCUGGAGAUGAAGCGCGUAGAGGGUAACGACGAGACCAAAAUGUUAGAGCUGAUUGAUGCGCUGCAGCGGCUGGGGUUGGGUUACCAUUUCGAGAGAGAGAUUCAGGCUGCUCUGGAGGCCAUCGUUGCUUCUUCUUCCCGCAUUUGGGCUGAGAGCCUACAUGCUUGCGCCCUCCGUUUUCGUCUCCUCAGGCAGGGUGGAAUCCCCAUCUCUCCAGAUAUCUUCAAGGGAUUUAAAGACGACGACGAUGGUGGAUUCAAGGCACAGAUAGUGAGAGAUGUCAAAGGGUUGUUGGAACUGUAUGAAGCUUCAUACCUGGCGGUGACAGGGGAGGACAUUAUGGAGGAGGCCAGGGCUUUUGCUGUCAAGCAUCUGACGGAGAUUGUCAAUACUAAUAAGGACGAUGCUAACAACGUUGAUGAGUACUCGAGUCUAGUAAUGAAGCAUAGUUUGGAGCUGCCCUUGCAAUGGAGAAUGCAGAGAGACGAGACUAGCUGGUUCAUCCAGCUUUGCCAAGAUAGGCAGCUGGAACCCGACAUCUCACCCCUGCUUGAACUCGCCACGUUGGAUUUCAACUUUGUCCAACGUCUGCACCAAAAUGAAUUGGAGGAGCUGACAAGUUGGUGGAAAAACUUGGGACUUAUUGAAAACCUGGAGUUCGCUAGAGAUCCUUUGGUGGAGAGCUUCCUAUGGGCUAUCGGGAUCACCUCUCACCCUGAAAUGGGAGAGUGCAGAAAGGCCAUGGCCAAGGUUGCACUCAUCGUUCACAUCAUUGACGACGUCUACGAUGUAUAUGGUUACCUCGAUGAACUUGAGCUUUUCACAACCGCCAUUGAGAGGUGGGACAUCAAUGAGCUGGAUAAGCUUCCUCGUUAUCUGCAGCUAUGUUUCCUGGCCGUCUACAAUACUGGAAACGAGAUGUCUUAUGCCAACCUAAAGCAACAAGGAUUCAACAGCAUGCGCUACAUAAAAAAAGCGUGGGCGGAUCUCUGUGGUUCAUACUUGGAAGAAGCCAGAGCAUAUCAUUCUGGGAGUAUUCAGAAUUUAGAGCAAUAUUUGACAAUUGCCUCCAAAUCAGUAGCAAGCAGCAUUGUUCUUAUUCACGGCUACCUUUUUUCCCCAACCGACAUCCUUCGAAAUGGCGAUUUGGAUAUGUUAACGGAAGUCGAUCCCAACCUCACACGUUUGACUUCAAUCAUUGUUCGUUUAACGAAUGAUCUCGCGAGCUCAAAGGGGGAGUUGGAAAGGGGAGAUGUCGUGAAAGCAGUUGAAUGUUGCAUGAGAGAGAGCAGAUUAUCGGAAGAAACUGCCCGUGAGCAUAUAAAUUGGAUGAUUGGCGAAAUGUGGAAAAUGGUGAAUGAAGAUAUCUUGUCUUCUCAAGGUUGUUUGAAUAAUAGUAGCAGUAACCCGAUGCUUCCUCCCACGUAUGUGAAUCUAGCAGUGAAUGUUGCUCGAGCUAGUCAUUACAUGUAUAAGCACCAGAACUCGAAAGCAUCAUUUGUUGUGAAAGAUAAAAGCAGAGCAAUGAUUUUGCUUUUUGACGCAUUUUAGGAGGAUAAUAUUAUGUUGUAGUUAAGGGCAAGACACGACAAUAAUGAGUUAUAGGUAUAUUUCACUUUUUAAUAAUUACUAUUUUUUUCUCAAAGAUGACAUUUUACAAGUUUACGGAUCAAAUAUACUUUUUUAAUAUAAUUAUAUUUUCAAA